UUCUGCUUUCUCGACUUCAGAACAGACAUUUUCCUCUAGGCCUUUCCGCCUGCCUCAGCCCUAGCGCGCCAUAGGAGAGAACAUCCGCCGAAUAAGACCGGAGUUAGCUGGAAUGCUUUGACGUCAGUAGCAGGCCAACCCAGGCCAGCGCUCAGAGCCGACCAGACGGAGGUGAAUGCACGAAUAGGCUAGCCUACUGCAGAGAGAGACGCACUCACGUCGAGCAUCCCUGUUGCCUCGUCCUUUGCGGAGACAUCGGGGCACGCAAAAACUACGCACCUGGCACAGUCAACACAGCAGGACGAGGGGGAAAUAUUGUGUAAUAGCGUUAAGAUUUUAACACAUCAAGAAGGCUAGUAUUAUUGGUAUAGAAAGAAGUGCAUUGCUGUUUACAGUGGUGGGUCGCUUCACUAGUCUCAAGGAUAACCCAUUUUCCUAACUAUGGUAAUGCAUCAGUAGAGAGAGCCUCCAGCCCAACCCUCCCUCUCUUCAUACCGAGACCCCUCAUCCAGACUGAGACUGUCUCCAGCACCAACACACCACUCCCCUCACCCCGCCCUUGCCCCGCCCCACCCAGACAUGGCUGCUUCUAAGAGUGGCUACGAGGGCAAGAUCGCUGGCCUCUACGACCUGGAUCGCACGCUGGGGAAAGGCCACUUCGCCGUGGUCAAGCUGGCCCGCCACGUCUUCACAGGCCAGCUGGUGGCGGUCAAGGUGAUUGACAAGACCAAGUUGGACACCAUGGCGACGGGCCACCUGCUGCAGGAGGUGCGCUGUAUGAAGCUGGUGCAGCACCCCAACGUGGUGCGGCUCUAUGAGGUCAUUGACACCGCCACCAAGCUCUACCUCAUCCUGGAGCUGGGCGAUGGAGGGGACAUGUAUGACUAUAUCCUGCGCCACGAGGGUGGAGUGGCCGAGGACACGGCUAAAGUUCACUUCGCCCAGAUCGUCCAGUCCAUCUCCUACUGCCACCGGCUCCAUGUGGUGCACCGAGACCUCAAGCCAGAGAAUGUGGUGUUCUUCAGGCAGCAGGGAACAGUCAAGCUGACCGACUUCGGCUUCAGCAACCUCUUCAAGCCCGGGACCAUGCUGAUGACCAGCUGUGGUUCGCUGGCUUACUCCGCCCCAGAGAUCCUGCUGGGGGAUGAGUAUGACGCUCCGGCUGUAGAUAUUUGGUCACUGGGGGUGAUCCUCUUCAUGCUGGUGUGUGGACAGCCGCCUUUCCAGGAGACCAAUGACAGUGAGACGCUCACCAUGAUCAUGGACUGUCGCUACACCGUCCCCGACCAUGUCUCCGCAGACUGUACGGAUUUGAUCUCCCGUAUGCUGCAGAGGGACCCGUCUAGCCGUGCUUCCCUGGAGGAGAUCGAGAACCACCCCUGGCUGCAGGGGGUCAACCCUUCCCCCACAGGGCACAGUGCCGCCCCCCUCACCUCCCACCGCAGCCUGUCCCAGGAGGAACACGAGAUCAUCCUCCAAGCCAUGACCAGCGGCAACAUCGCUGACCGCGAUGCCAUCCAACAGGCUCUAGAAGCGGAUCAAUACAACCACAUCACAGCCACAUAUUACCUGCUGGGGGAGCGCAUCCUGAGAGACAAGCAGGAGCAGCCCAGCGAGAUCCCCAAAGUCGACAGUUCAUGGGCCGAGCCACCACAACUCCAGAGGCCGCGGUCUGAGCCUCUGGAUCUGGAGCAGAGGGGGCUCCAUGGCCUGCUGGCUGGCUGUCCCCGCCGAGGCGUGUCUGAUGCUGGGGACUUCCUGAGCCACAGGCCCCUGCUGCAUCAGCCACAGCCAAGUCACACAGAGAGCCCCUUCCCUGAGUACAGCACAGAGCCCUGCCUGGGGCUCACCCUGCGCCCUUCACCCCCUGAUGAACCUCGGCAGGUCAAGAACCUGGGAGCCCUGCAGCUCAUCUGUGAAGAGGAAGAGGAGGAGGAAGAUGAGGCGGAAGAGACAGGCAAACCACAUGUUGGACUUCAUAAUAUUCAAACACUGCCUCAUAUAAUAGGCUUGGUAUCAACCACUGUGUCUACAGAACAGUCUAGUCCCAUGCUCACAGCUCCAGAGGCUCCACAGAGCCCAGUCAGAGUAGUCCCAGGUCAGGGAGAGGAAACAGGCCUGUUGGCCACCUCAGUGGUGGAGGCACUGGAGACAGAGAGGGAGGAGUGGGACAGGGAGCUGCAGGCCAGGGUUUCUAGCCACAGCAGAGAGAUGGAGCCUGACCAGGUGGCAGCCAGACAGGAACAGGAACAGGGUACGAUGGAGUCAGGGGAGAAGCCCAUGGAGGAAGGAGACAUGUCAUGUGACCUACUGAGGCUAGGUAGUCAUUUGACUUCAGACCAGCCAAUUAAUGGUAGUUUGAUCAGCCCUAAAGCUCACCCUUCAUACCUGCCUGGCCUCGGUGGGGUGCAGUGUUGUGGGCAACAGGAAACUCCCAGCCCAGACAUCAUAGAAGGGGAAGAUGCUAUUCUUAAAAACAACAACAUCACAGAGUCCAAGCCUAAGCUCCUGGUGCAGGGUGGGGGGUCCACCCCAGGCGCCUCACCCCGCGCUCUCCCCCAUAACCACUGUGUGGACCAGGGCUCCGACGGCGUGGAGACGACCCGCAAGGUGGGAGGGCCUGGUGGGGAGUCUGAAGGGGACACUCCGGAGGAGCUUCAAUUAGAGAGAUCCCACAAUGCACCACAGGGUCGCCUUGGGCCCAGGGAGAUGGGGACAGACCCUACGUUCAGACUGGAUCCUGGGAAGGGGAAGAACGUGAACCUGAGAGACCGCCUGCUGCAGUUCCCUCUCUGUGAGAAGGCCCUGUCCUUCAACAUCCAGCCCACCUCCAAGGAGAAACUCCUGCCCUUCGCCCAGUACAACUGCUGCCAUGUACUGUAGGCAGGGCCACCUGUAGAUACCCUAUACCUCCCACAUUACUCACUCUAUCCCCUGCCAAGGGGUAGGAAUGGGCAUCACUCCAGACACCCUCACACCAGGCCCAGACCCUGUCACUGUUCCAUCUACUUCAACACAACACACUGGUGCAGACAGUAUGUAGCCUAUCUGAACGUCUGAGCUAAACUGAAUGAUCAUACUGUGACCUCAGACACGUUCCAGCCAAUUGUAGUUAGACCUGUGUAGCCCCCACCCUGACCUCUUUAUACUUAUCAUCUACUGCUGCUUCCUUUGUGAGACAAAAACUGGACCUCAUUGUGCUGCUAUGUACUGGACUAUAGAAAAUGCUUUUUGUGUGGUCUUCUUAGACUAUCACUAUAUACUGUAGCUUUGUAUUGAUUGCUAUUUUAUUUGCCCUUGAAUCAUAGCUUUUCAUUUUGUACUAGCUUAUCUAGAACUGAGCCCAUUUUAGCAUAUGGUAUGUUGUCCCUCUGAGGCCUGCUAGUACAGUGCUAUAAUUGGAAUGUGUAAGAUGAUGCAUAAUGUAUAGGUGAAAGCUACACUCCAGGCCUCAGGUGCCAUGCUACGUUAGCUCAGCUUGCGGCCUGAUGGAAGGUGUGAUGAUGCUCUUGACAGUGUAGCUGGAAGCAUGGUAUCAUUUAAUGCUGGGGGUUACUUACGUCAGUGACAUUGUUGGUGCACUAAUGUGGGUGCAUUGUUGGGCAGCGUUGCUCAUGGUCACAUGAUGAAGUAGCCCCGCUUGCGAACUUGAAAACCAGUGUCUGACCUUGGACCAAGGGGGAAUUUCCUCUUGGUCUAAUGGUCGAAGACGUUGGUUGCUCCCGUGGGAGACCCGGGAUGAUAUCCUGCAUGUUACAUUGGCGCCCAACGUGAGGCGAUCUCUCGUGGGGGAGGAGGUCAAAGGGGGGUGAAUGUAGUGGACUUGUCGGGCUUGGUUGCUCACAGUCACGUGAUGAGGUAGCCCCGCCUGCAAACUUCCAAAUCAGGGUCUGCGUUAGGACCCGUGGCAUUCCAUGGUUCAUAUCACGUGUGUUACAGUAGCAAGACUUGGGAUCUAAACUGACGGUAAGAGCAACACCCAGGGAGAGAAACAUUUUUGGACAGAGUUUCAUAAUGGAGACUUAAAAAAUAUAUAUAUGAUAUGGUAUCAACUAAGUAAAUGCAGGUCUUCCAGAUUGUUUAUGUAUAUGUACUUUAUCAUUAUUCUUACAAAUGCUAUUGAACUCUUUUAUCAUAAUGUUUUGGGGUUUUUUGUCGUAGAAGAGAGGUGUGUGAUUAUAACUAUUGUUUUGUGUUCUAAGUGUGACAGAAUUAAUCAGGAGUGAUCAUGAGUCUCAUGAUUGCCCAUACGAAGAAAAAAAUACAUUUAAAAUAUAUGUUUUGAUAAAUUAUUUAGGAUACAUGUGAAAUUUUUUAAAUUGGCCAAAUAAUGUAUUUUUAUUUAUUCAAUACAUUUUAAAUACAUUCCAACAUAAAUUACAGAAUAUAUUUAAAAUGUUUAUAUCAAUGUGUAUAAAAUGUAUAUCACAAUAUAUGUUAAAGUCAUCAGACAAUGUAUUUAAAGUAUUUCAAAAUGCAUUCUGAAAUACAUUAAAGUUGUGUUUUAGAAUAUAUUUUGACAUUUAUUUGGAAGUGUUUUGUUAAAUAUAUUCCAACAUGCAUUUAAAUGUAUUUGUAAGAAAUAUAUUUUUUUAUUAAAAUGUAUGGCAAACAUAAAAAAAGCCUAAUCAUAUUGUAACAAAAUGGUGACUGUCUUAACAAUGAAGCUUUAGUAGGCUCUUUGGUCUCUCAUGCACUUAUAUGAGUCUCAUUAAGACUGCAGAACUGUCAGUCUACAAUCUUAACCUUUAAGCACAGAACACAACAUAACACAUUAAGUGCCAUGUCAGUUUGUCACGAGAGGCCAAAAAGCACUAAGACUAAGCCACACCUCCAAGUCUUCUAAUAGGCUGCCACCAUUACACAGUCUAUUUUGUCAAAAUGCAUUUAUUGUACUUGACACAUACCAAAAGCACUAACAUGCAUAUAAAUGCAUUUAAAUGACUACAAAAAUACCUACAAACAUGAUACAUUAUCGGUCAGUGAAUGUGCAUAUGACAAAUAAACAAACAAACUUGAUGAGAGCAUUGCAACAAUGUCCUACAGGCAGAAUUUAACGUGUGCUGGGUCGUUCCAUGAAAAUAGUGCCUUUUUGCGUCCCUUGUAUAUGUUAAUAAGUAGAAAUUAUGCACCACUAUUGAAUUGUAAAAGCCUGUUAUAUGAAAUUAAGUGCCAUUGAUAUAGACCACAAGGAUAAUUCAAUAAAUCUGAUUUUCAAUAUGAAUAAAGCUUCCAAUCCCCCUGUCACAAGGGGAUUUAUGGCUGAUUUAACUAGUAGUUACCAGUUGGAGGGCCAUUCAAGUGGAUUUUUCCCAGAUUUGGUAAAUUCCCAAUAGGUUACGAACGCACCAUAACACCACUAACCAUCCUCUGUAGAGCCGCUAUGAUACCACUCAUUGGAAGCACAAGACCUAUACCUACACUUUGACAUAUUGUGGAGAGUUGUAUGAUGUAUGGUUUUUGUUUGAAUUGAUAAAACAUUUUAUAAUAAUAAAAACAGCCUAGUGCCCAAUGUUUUUAUUAUUUAAUUAAGCUGAAGAGUGGCACUUACUAAUAGUCUGUUUGUUUUUUUAUGGGGAAAACAUAUUUUUUAUGAAGUUGAACAUGUGCUCUUUAUGACAGAAUGUAAUAAUUAGGUGAAAUCAAAUGUUUUUUUGUACUCACCAUCACAAUUUAAAUUAUAUCACUGCCAAAGUUUUGGCUUGGUGGCCCAACAUUAUUCUCCGUUGAUCAAUACAAAAUAGAAGUUUAAGAAGCCCAAUUAGGAACCACUUUGACACCCUGUAGACUAGAUGUCAUAGCCAUGCAUCUCUGGAAUACUGUCAGGCAUUACAUGCAUUUUAGUGAAGAUGCAAAUGUAGCUACAUGUAUUUGAAAUACAUUUUACUUUACGUUAAAUAUAUUGAAAUGUUUUUUUUUUCGUAUGGGUGAGGAUACCUGUAAAAUGUUGUUGGAUUUGCCUUGUGAUUUGUGUAUACAUUUUGUUUGUCUAGUGUUUUCUACUGUAAGAGAUACAGCUUGAUCAAAUCAGAAAUCCUACUCUAGUCUAGAUGGGAACUAGCUAUUAUGCAAGGAACAAAUGUUAUUGGAGAGUGUUACAGUACGAGUGUCUUCAGAAAGCUGUGUUCUUUCCCAUCAGUGGAAUGCCCGUAGGAACCAUGGAACAGUGGUACACGGAAAUCCCAUGCUACUGAAUGAGAGCAGAAUGAAUGGCGUAGUCUCAGCCCCCUCGUUGUGGAAGAGAAGAGUGUAGUGAUGGACACAGAGCACUAACCUCAGCUGGCACAUAUAGGAUAUGAACACUCCAACUCCACCUCCCCUGUCUUCUUUCCUCUUCUGUCAUUGGACGGGGGUGGGCCUCGGAUUCCACCAACCGGCUGUCUGGUCCUCCUCCACACCUGGCCUGGAGUCAGCUGACUGAGGUGUGUCCAUCUGUCUGUCGGCCCAUUGACCCUGAUUUAAACUAUGACUAUGUCUCGAUGACAUUCAUUUAUUUUUUAAUUUUUUUAUUAAAGUGGAUUAAACCAG